AUGUUCUUCUCCACGUAUGUAUUGACAAAGCGGGGGCCGCUCGCGAAGAUUUGGCUUGCCGCGCACUGGGACCGUCGCUUGACGCGCAACGAGGUGCGUGUGGUGGACCUGCGCCAGUCGGUGGUCGAUAUUGUGCAGCCGGCGGUACCCAUCGCCUUGCGUACCAGCGGUGAGCUUCUCGUUGGGGUGGUGCGCAUUUACGCGCUGAAGGUGAAGCACCUGCUGAAGGACGCCACGGACGCCACCCUCAUCCUCCGCGUCGCGCCACUUCCGGCAAAGGCCGGUGUUGCGCCCUCCGGUCUCAGCAAAAAUAACAAGCAGGAGUCCGAAGGGGCCGGGGCCAUGGCAAUGCUCGAUGGCGUGCUGAUCAGCGGCAAUGGCGACAUUGAGGCGGUGACAUUUGACUGGAGCGGCGGCGCCGCGUCGGGGGCUGUGGCGACAGGGAAGACUGACGCCGAGGCUCUUGAGGCUCGGUUUGACGACAUUGCUGACCUGCUGUAUGGCACAAAGCAGCCACGUAGCACGCCCGGCAUCAGCAACAGCGGGAGUCGCAACAAUGAUGCAUCCGCGCUGCUGGCCUCUGCGUGGUACGCUGUGGAGCCCGCCUCGCAGACGAUGGAGGAGCUUCACAGCACCCAGCAGGACUACGAUGAGAUUGCCAAGCUGCGGGCUGAUCUGGCCGCCUUCGGGGACCGCGUGAGCGGCAGCAGCAGCAGCAAAAAGUCAAGCAACCCUAGCAUUGAGAAGGCGCGUAGCAGCGGCGUGAUGGGAAUGACAGCCGCGACCGGACUCGGCGGUGAGUUUGCCGGCUUUCCCGCCCCGGGGGAGGAGAUGGACAUAGGCGUACCGCUGCCGGAGGAUCAUGCACUGUUUCCAGACUUCAUGAUGCCGCCGCAGGGGGGCGAGGAUCCCCUCGCGCUUCCGGACAUGGCACAACCGCAACAGGAGGAGCCGCAGGCGCCGCUACACGCGACGGCACGCAAGACGCGCUCUGUGAACGUGCUUGACCUCGCCGCCACCACCGUAUCGGGCGAGACGGUGCAGCGGUGGAUGGAUGACCGCAGCGACAUCGUUGACACGGUGCCCAGGCGUGGGCCGUACGACGCGCAGGAGGCGCGUGACCGCGCUACACUCACGCCAGAGUCGAGCAAACACGAGGUGUGGGCGCUGGUAGACGCAGCACCGCUCUCCUGGCAGCCGAACCCGUCGCUCCGCGCGAUGUACACGACGCUGCUGCGCCCGUUUGUGGCGCAGGCUGAGGCCGCCGCCGUGCCACCACUGCACCAACAAUUCCAGCAGCAGCAACAGUACGAUGAAAACGUCCCGGCAGGCGGAAUGGAGGAGGAGGGCGUGUUCGCUGCGGCGUUGAACGAGGAAGAGGCGAUGCAGGCACGCAAGCGCGGACGCGAUGAUAAAAAUGUGAAUGACACCACCAGCGUCACUGGAGGCCUCUCGAUGGCCGCCAUGGCGACACUCAAGCGCGUCCGUGACGAGCUUGUGCUUCCGGUGCAAUAUGAACGGCCGUCAAAGCGGGCACGGAAGGAGCUCGCCACUCGCGAGUUUUGCCUGUUGCAAAGCGUUUGCCGCGGCAUGCGUCGCCGUGAGGCCGCCCGCGCCUUUGUCAGCGUGCUUGCCCUUGCCUCGAAGCAACUUGUCUCCGUGCGUCAGCCGGCACUGGCAGGGGAUGUCGAGUUGGGCCUCCUGCCUGCGGGAGAAGGCCUUUUGCUCGCGUCUUAA